UAUCCAUAAGUGACUCUCUGUAGUACUGCAGCAGAAAUUCCGGUUUUUCUGCCUUGUGUUGAAGACACGAUUUGGACAGCUUGCAUCGGACUUAUAAUCGUACCUUACGCGCAAGUUAAAAUAUGAUUUCCCGACUAUGUGCUUGAAAACAAAAGAACACAGACAAAGCCAAUUUUGCCUUUCUCUAUUCUUGUUCCAAAAUUCACACCUGUUAACACCUAUAGGUAACUGCACUGCGCAGGUGCAAACAAGGCUCGUGCCUUCUCCGAAGACCCUCCCCGUUGGCUGUUUCAUGACGCUUGAGUGGUUUUACAGGUCAACUCAUGUGACAAGAGUCACAACAUGUUUCUCAAUUUGCUAAUCUGAAUCAUCGAGAGGUAUAAAGUUGCCCAAGAAAACUUUCUUCUGAGUGAAGUCGUAGUAGGUUUUUCGUCAUGUUCUCAGCGACAUUACAGUCGCUGGCUUAGACUACAUCAAGGACGACUUGUUUGGACACUAGUCUCCUGGGGCAGUGCCUUGUUGUCUGUUAAAUUACGUAAGUCCUAGAUUGACCAAAAUGGCGUCGGAAAUAGCUGUAAGACCACCACAAGACCACCAGGACACCCCUUUUUUCAGAUUCAAGAGAAGACGACUUCUCAAAAUCUUUGUCGCUGUGCUAAUCGCCUGCACCGUCAUACAUCUCUUUCUGUAUACGUCACCAAGAUUAAAGAUAGCAACAAAGGCAAUGUCGCCGGUCUCACUCAACAACUUCCGGAAGAACACCACUAGAUUGGAUGUAACAACAAAGACAAUAUCGCCUGCCUCACUCAACAUUCUGCCAAAGAACGACACUAGAUUGGAGAUAACAACAAAGGCAAUGCCGCAUGAGCGACCCUACCUCUUGAUCAAAAACACCUCUAGAGUUGAGGCAACAACAAAGGCACCUGCUCCAGUCUACCUACUACGUAAAAACACCACGCGAUUGGAGAUAACAACAAAGGCACAACGCUACAACCUGAUCAGAAACACCACUGCACAGCCACGUGUUACAACAGGUCCGACGUCUACACCUCAAACUGUGGUGUCGAACUGGACAUAUAAUGCAGGAGAGAUGAAGAAAAUCAGAGUAGACACAAGAAUGUUACAUCCCGACGUGAGACUCCUGCCCCGCAAGUUGGGCAUCUGGCCUGGCACCUGCGAGAGGAAAGUCGGGAACUCCUGCCAGUUCUUAAAACAUAGCGUCGGUUUCCACAAAACGUGUGCUGUAGUAGGAAACGGCGGCAUCCUAUUGGACAGUCACUGCGGUGCUGAAAUUGACUCCAAGGAUUACAUCAUACGUAUGGACCUACCAGCCAUCAGGGGGUUCGAGACAGACGUUGGCCGAAAGACCAACAUGACAAUUUUAAACGUCAGCACACCAAAACGGGUCGCUAUUUCAUCUCAUUUGAAGGACAGGACUCGGGAUGUUUACGAAAGUCGUUUGCGAGACAUCAACGGGUCAGUUCUGGUGGCAGGGGACAGCCUGGAGAUGAACAACUUGAAGAAGGCUAUACAGAACUACGAAAAGUAUAAGAUUCCGUUUUCCUUCGUCUUGUUGACCAGCCACGGCAGCUUCAAAUUGGGGAAACUGAUUCGCAGGACGGCUGCUAAGGUUAGAGGGAAUGCCGUCACCAGCAGUGCUCCCUCCACGGGCCUGGGUACAGUUCUCACCGCCACCGCCUUCUGUGACCAGAUCUACAUGUACGGCUUCUUCCCGUUCAAAAAGGACACGCACAGGAGACCUAUCCCUUACCACUACUACCCUGGUGACUCCAUAGAACCGAUAUUCCUGGACCCACGGCACCGCAUGGAUAAGGAAUUCAACUUCUUCAAAAGUCUUCACGAACGGGGAGUUGUAAAGCUACAAGUUGACAAAUGUGAAAGUUGAACUCUACAGAUGUUAUGAGCAAAAGGACACGCACAAGAGACCUCUCCCCUACCACUACUACCCUGGCAACUCCAUAGAACCGAUAUUCCUGGACUCACUUCACCGCAUGGAUAAGGAAUUCAACUUCUACAAAAGCCUUCAUGAACGGGCGUUGUCAAAUUGACAAAUGUGGCUAUUGGUAAAGUGUCAACUCUAAAGACGUUAUGAACAAAAGGACACACACAAGAGACAUACCUUUACCACUACUACCCUGGCAACUCCAUCGAACCCAUUUUCCACGGCACCGCAUGGAUGAGAAAUUCAACUUCUACAAAGCCUUCACGAACAGGGAGUUGGAAAGUUACAAGUUGAAAAAUGUGACAAAUAUAAAUUGAACUCUAACGUUACAGAUGUUAUGAACAUGAAAGUUCACAUGUGUUGGUUCAUAAGUAAAUACAUACAUGGCAUCGGUCCCUUGACCGGGGGUGGUCGUGCAUGGGGGCAUACAUACAUAUAUACAUACAUACAUACAUACAUACAUACAUAUAUACAUACAUGCGUACAUACAUGCAUAUCAUUAAAGAAAAAGGAACUUUUGAACUAGUCGCUGUUUUAGAUCUGUAUAAGGAAAGACUCGGGAGAGACAAAUAUCUAUAGUAAAGAAUAGUAUCUAUUUAUUUGGAUUCUCCACACUGGAGGGUAUGGCGGAACAAGUGUCAAAAGACACCUUUUCGAAGCCGCAAUCUAGUACAUAUACGUUACUCAGUUCAGGUGUUACAUUUACUGAUAACUUUAUUUGACAAUGUACGUAAUAUAUAGUAUUAAAUGAAUUAUCCAAGAUAA